UACACCGACGUAGUAUUUGAAAUUUUAUUUUAAGAUAUAUGAUUGUUGAUAUGUGAUGGUUGAUGUUAUACCUUGAAAUUAAUUUUGAUUGAUGCAAUAAUAAUGCCAUAUUUUACAUAAAAUUUGAAUAUAUACUAGUGCUAACAAAAUAAUUGGUACCUACCCUAACAAUUUGCUUGAAAUUGUGUUUUAAAUUAGUGUUGAUAUAUUAUUAGUGAUACACUUGAGUGGCAUGUUUAAUGAGUAUUGAUGUUCAUAUAUUAAUGAUACUCAUAAUUUUAAUAAAUUUUGGAAACAAUGUUAAUAAAUUGUAUGAUACACCAAUUGAGUUGGGUUGGGUGAGGUGAAAAAAGCAACCAAGCCUUGGUUUGAUAUGAUAUGGCAUGGCAUUGGCAUUGGCAUGGAAUUUUCUAACUAUUUAAUAUUUCCCUUCACUUCCACUCCAUUUGGAGAUUAAGAACCUAAAGGAAGGAAGAAAGGCCCCAUAGAAAAUGUGUCCGCUGAGAUUGAUUCUCAUAUUUCUCUCAGCGACUCUUGCAGGCUUCGUCCUUAUCCGUAACCUCAAAUCUCCCUCUCAAGAUUUCCACGCCGAUGACCAUACUUUCGAUUCCAAUUCCUCUUCAUCCCCCAACUCCAACAAGAUCUCAUCGGGGUUCUGGACGGUGGUAGAUAUGGCUUCCGGUCGCUACUUAUGGAGGCAUUUGUUUUCGUCGUCGUCGUCGGAGAAGGCUUCCGAUUGAUGGAUAUGAUGAAUUGUGUUUGGGAGAGGGGUUAGGGGUUAGGGGUUAAGGGUUUUGUUUGGAUUAAUUGUAUCUUCUCCUUGUAUAUCUUCAUUGUUCCGAUCCCUUUAAUUUCCACCCCUCUUCUUCCCUUCCUAUCCAAUUACUAUAUGUAUUCAAACUGUUCACAAAUGCUUGAUCGCUAUUGCUUACGAUUCCAAUUGGGAUUUUCUUAAGAAACAGAUCAAACUGAGGGUUUUGAAGAUACAAUAGACACGAUGAAUGAAUCAAUCAAUCCAAUUAUUGAAUUCCUGCAAGUGCCGAGAUCAGGCUUCGUAAUUAAAUUAAAUUAAAUUAAAGUUAAAUUUAAUUUGGGUUUAGGGUAACCUAAAGUUGAGAAAAGUCUUCUGAUGUUGCGGUGAAAUCGAGACUUGUGUAUGCGUUUGCUAUUAUUAUUAUUAUUUAAUUGAAAAACAACUGAAGAAGUGAAGUUUAUUUAUUAUGCCAUUCUGACGUGUCCAUAUGCCCUAAGUCCAAUUUUUAUAAUUUAAAUUAUUAUUUCAUUGGGAAUACAAAAAAAAUAAAAAAAUCUCUUGUGUUGAAUUAGGGCAAAACGGUAAAUUCACGAACCCAACUCAAUUUUGCUGUAAUGAAGUGAUUUCAAAAUCCAAAAAUACCAUAUUUUUUACCAACGGCCGAAUUGUAUUUUUGAGUAAAAUUUUCAUCUUCUACGGAGGCAGAGAGAGAGAGAGAGAGAUGCGGAAGAGGAAAGAGAAACCGGAAAUCUGUAAAACCACGGAUGAGGAGAAGGAAGACGAUGAAGAAGAAGAGAGAGGAAACGAAGUGAAUGGCUUCUUUUCAUGCUAUCUCUUGGCCUCUGCUUGCCCUCGUUUCAAAGGCCAUACCUAUAUCGGAUUCACAGUGAACCCGAAGCGCAGAAUCAGACAACACAAUGGUGAGAUUAGAUGCGGUGCUUGGCGUACUAAGAGGAAGAGACCUUGGGAGAUGGUCUUGUGCAUUUAUGGCUUCCCUACUAAUGUUUCUGCUCUUCAGUUUGAAUGGGCGUGGCAGCAUCCUAAUGAGUCACUGGCUGUAAGAAGUGCUGCUGCAACUUUCAAGUCUCUCUCUGGAGUUGCUAACAAAGUUAAACUUGCAUACACAAUGCUCACACUUCCUGCUUGGCGUGGUUUAAAUAUAACUGUAAACUACUUCUCUACAAAGUUCAUGAAGAAUGCGGCUGGUUGCCCAAGUUUGCCAGAGCAUAUGAAGGUCCAAGUUUCCCCCAUCAAUGAGCUUCCAUGCUAUUCCGAAGGAGAUCAAGAUAUGCUUGAAAAUGAAGGUGACUGGGAGUAUAAUCGAGAACGUGAAGAAAUUUGUGGUUUUCGAGUGUAUGGAUCAAUGAAAGAAGUUUCAAAUGAAGUUCCUCAAAAGUUAAUGGAUUAUCAGACAGGUACAGAUGGAAGACCUCCUCACGUGUUGCGUGGAUGUGAUAAGGAGCUUGAGACCAAUGAACAAGUGCCACCUUCUUCAUGUACUCCGUCUUAUAUUGAUGUGGGUAUGUCUUAUGACUUGUGUGCAUGUGAUGAAGGACUCGAGAAUGAUGAAAGAGAGGCAGCUUCGUGUGGUCAGUCUUGCAUUGUAGCAGGUACAUCUAGAACUGAAAUUGUCAUUGAUGACGAAGAGGAAAACCAAUUAGAAGGGAGUAGUAUGAACUUGCAGGAGCAACCAGGUAGGGAGAAUUUAACAUCAGGAAUAGCUUCUGAAAUCAGUAAAGUUUCAAGGUGGAACAAUGGCUGGGUUCCAACUGUUGAGUAUGAGGUUAUCGAUGUGUCUACCCCGUCUCCAGACUGCCGAACAAGUUCGCAUAGAUUCAAGAGAAGAGUUACUUCCGGUAAGUCUGAGAUGAUUGACUUGACUAAAUCUCCUACAUUUAUUCAAUUGUAGAAGGAUGGAUGGAUUUGGAUUAUUGUGCAUAUAGGAGAUAUGGAAUGAGUUUUCAUGAGAAGUUUCAUUUUUGCAAUGAAGAGGUAGUAUUACUAUAACAGAUAGCAUCUUCUCAACCCUUUUCAGAGAUAACGUGGGCUCAACUAUGGUUGACUAGACCAAAUAAGAGGGGAACAUGUUGUCAAGUUAUAUACAAUAAUUAUAAUAACAGCCUCUCUUGCAAAGGCAUCAUUUUAAAGGGGAAUCUAAGUCUGAAAAAUAACAUUGAAUCGGUUGUGGUAUCAAUUAAUUUGUUUCAAACGACCGGGAUCAAUGUUCAACUAUGCAACUACACCUUGGUUACAUAUCCAUCUAUACUACUAUAUAUGGAUGGAGUGUAGAUGAGAGAAUGUUUUUUACUUUUUUCUCUUUGCUCGAUUCACAUUCCUUCCUUGUAUGUACCUUUCCUGUUUUGACAAGGAAUGACAAUGGAAGAGAGAUUAUGAGUUUAUAGAGGCAUAUGAACAGAAAUUCAAGCAAGGAGAAAAUGAAGGUGAAUCAUCUAAGUGAUAAUUGUAUCGUUCUUAAAAUUUAGAAAGAAAAAAAAAAUCUAUCACCA